CCCCGUCAGGAAUCUGACGAUCAACAACGUGAUCAUGAACGUCCGCCGGCUGCCCGGCUUCAUGUACAACUACAAGCUCGCAACGGUCCUCCUGGUGUCCAGCCUGUUCCUCGUCGUCUACCUGCUUCUAUAUUGGGGUGUAAUGUGCACGAAUCUCGAGGCCUGGCGUCACGUGUCCAUCGUGUGCAGUCAGCACCGAGAUGGUACCGCGAUGGGAAUUCUCUGCGAACCAUUAUGCGCCGAAAAGGGGAUACACUCGCUAGCAUGCGAAUCUCUUCAUGCAGGCAAGGAGGCGGUAUUCUCGGCGCAUUGGGAAGCGACUCGGCUCGUGUUCAAGGCCUCGAAGAUCAAGACAUCCUCGGAGCAAUUCGAGUCGCUCUACUGGGUGGACACGACCGGUUUGCUACACUUCCCGUCCGAGGAGGACUUCAUCAUCAUGAUCAAGGACUUGGUUAUCACUAAAUUAAACGUGACUCUCACGCGACGUCAGUUGGAGAGACUCGCCCGGUUACGGACACAUCGGAUAGAGACCGAGGCGACGAGACGUCGGCUAGAGAUAGGGAAUCUCUGGCCGUUGCUGCAGGAAAACGAAUAUCUAAUGAUGAUUUUGUAUGAAGAUAGGGACGUGUUUCCGCAAUUGAUCGGCACGUGUGGCACCUUUUACGCGGUCGAAUAUGUCAGACCGAUCGAGACACCCACGACGGUGCUAGCCCUGUCCGAUUCGAAACCCGAGUGGGCCAAGAGACUGAAACUCGCCGUGAUGAUCCUCAAUCUGCUCGAGGAACUCGAAACGGAAUUUCCCGAACCGCUUUAUCUUUGCGAUAUUAAAAUCAAUCACUUCGGUUUACCUCUGGGCGGGCAAAAGCUAAAGUUUUUGGAUCUAGACGCGAUCUUCCCGAAAAGCGUCAUCAAUCGCGUCAUCGCUAACGGUAAAAGCUGCGAGAAGCACGAGGAUUGUGAUUUCUUUGACUGCCGGUCAGUGUGCUCGAAGAAUAAGCGUUGCGAAUCGCCGGUUGUCAAUAAUAAUUUACAGAUUAUUUGCGAGAAGAUCUUUCUCGGCUGGACGCUUUCGGGAACGGUAAUCAUUCCUGGAUUGCUAAUGUCGGAACAUACCACCAGCACGCUGGCUGUGUUAUUGAGACAAUGCGCUAAUCCAGACAGCGAUACGACGCAUUUACCGCGCGCGGCAGCGACCGACAGCCUGAAAAAACGACUUUACAACAUGCUGAGCGAGAUGGAACAAGAGUACGCGGCGUUCGUGUGAGAAAGGAAACUGUGAAAGACGAUACAUUCGGAAUUAAGAGAGAAGUCGGACAAUGAUAACGCAACGUUGUGAAUUUACGAUUGGAUGAAAAAUAGAACAAUUUUUAUCGUAUCAUCGAGAUCCUGCAUAACGCCUGUAUUCAUUUAGUUUAGCAAAAGGAAGUAAUGCUAACACCUACAAUCGCAUAUUUUUACAUUAUGGAUUUAACAAUCGGGCAAUUUUUGUUUCACACUACAGAAGUAGCGAAGGAAAGUCUAAUAGAGAGGCUAGUGAUACCAAUAAAGUUGUAGAGACAUAUUGUCAUAAGAUCGCGGCAAUGGACGCACGAAUGGAUCUCUUGGAAAUUGGAUGCUAAAAAUCCGAAAGAAAGAUAUUCCGACAAGGAUUCAUUAUGAAACUUAUGCACUUAAUUAGAAGAUAAAGAACAACCCGUUUCUAGAAUAUUCUUACGUAGAGACAGAUAAAUGAGCGUAUAAUUAAUUGUAGGCAUUAUUAUUGUUUGUUAUACACGUAUUAGUAUUAGCGGGGCCACACGAUAUACUUACGCGAAAAAGAGAGUGCCUAUUAUACUACUUUAUAUUACAUUAUUUCUUUUAAUCUUAAGCUUACGUAACAGAAAUCAGUCAAAGUGCCAUUAUGAAUUUGAAAUAAAGAACAAAAGUAAAACUUA